AUGUUUCAAUACUUAUCUAAAAUUGACAACUUUGGGGCACAAUUCAAACCCAGGAUUACUCAAUCAGAACAUGAACAUAAAUCAAUUAUUGGAGGGGUUUUUACUUUAUUAGUAUAUGGGGUGUGUUUGGCUUAUUUUAUUUUUGUUUUACAAUAAUGGUAAACAGGAUAAAUACUACCAAAAAUUCUAAUUGAAUCAGAUGUUGCAGCCUUUUCAAAAUUCAAGAUGCCCAAUGAUUUGAUUGCUAUUUCGUACAUCCGAUAUGAGGAUUCACAAAUAGAUCCAUUCUAGCAAUAGGGUAACAUUUUAAUGCCAAUUAUGGCAAUUAUGGAAAACAACAAACCGAUUUCCUAUCAAUCCAUUCUUAAUAAUAACGAAAUUUCAGAUUAUGGAACUAAUUUAGUUGAGAUGGAAUAGAUGGAAUUAGUUAAAAAUAUGCAUAAUGAUAAAACCUAAGAAAACAAUAAAGUCUAUCUUCUCUUAAUAACAACUUGCAAAGAGCAAUACUUAAAAUAUAAUCAAACAUGUGCCUCUGAGUAUGAAAUUACCAACUUUUUGAGAACAGGUUUGAUUCCAAUUGAAAUUACUGUCACAUUGUAAUAAUUUAGCACAAUUGAUUAAGAAUUAUAUGAAGUGGAAAAACGAUUGCAAUUUCUACUUUAAGAUGACUUAACCUUGAAAGCAGAUUUAUCAUUUUAGAAUACAAAAUCCGUUGUAGAUGACCAUCCUAUUUUUUCAAAUUAAAAACCCUUCAUCUAUUUUUCAGAUUUCACUGUACUCACUCAAACAAUAUCUUAUAACCUCAGCAAAUCUAUAAUUUAAGAUGAUGUUUUCAUCUAAAUCUCAUUUUAAAUUGAUCCAAUUGAAGUAUUGUAAUAAAUUACUUAUGUGAAAAUUGGAGAAAUGUUGGCUGAUGUAGGAUCAAUUGCAAACCUUCUUUUAACAGUGUCUUGGUUUAUAUAAUAAUUUAAUAAGGAAGAAUUGGAAAACAAAAUGAUUGAUUAAAUCAUCAGUAUUUAUUAUCCCUAAUUUAAAUAAAUUACAAAGAUAAAAAACUUUAUUGGAAGAACUGUAGAAUUUAGACAUGACAAGGCGAAAAUAAAUCAAAAAGAGUUUCAAUAAUGGUACAAGAAAGUUAGAUAAAAUGCUAUAAUAAAACUAUCGGUUGUAAAUUAGAUUCACGAAAUUUCUAGGUUGUAUUUCAUUUUGAGAUCCUAAGCAAACUUUUAAUCUAUGAUUCGUUUUUAAGAUUAUGGGAUUCAGAUACCGAAUAAAUUAUUUGAAAAACAAAAAGAUGAAAUAAAUAAUGAAUUGCCAUCAAAUGACUUUAAGAUAGAAGAUUACGAUUUAGAGUCAUACUAAAUAGUAACAAAUAAUUUGUGCGACGAAGAUCUAAAUAUUCUGAGUUAUAGAAUAAAAAAUCAAGAUAAAUGA